AAUGCCUUGAAGCAGGAUUGCUCUGUAUCUGUAACGCGGGCACCAAAAAUCUCCAUCCAAACUUCACCUAAGUUAGGUGUAGUACAUGCAAUGGAUGGAGCCAUCUUAAGACCUCCUCAGGCGUUAAGACACACAGUGAGUGGACCACGAGUUACGUGGCCCCAUGUUGCCAACGCAAUACUGUGAUCUUAGCCUCAAGGCUUAGGCUGUGUAGACAGUUUCAAAAAAGGGCACUGACGAGGAAGGCAAACCAAAGAAAAUAAUGGUUACAGAUUUCCAAAAAUUAAAUACAAUUACGAUAGCAGAUAGAUACCCUAUAUAGGAGAAGUUAGGUAUUUUACAAGAAGAAUAUAGAGAGAAAACUGGUUUCUCAGUUAACGGAGCAAAAUAUGAAUUACUAUUAUUAUUUUUUUUUAUAAAUUAUUUGUACAAUACUUAAUAUUCUACAAAUAAAUAUCUAGCAGCACUGGCAGCAGAGGUCUUCGGCUGUCUGUUAUGCUACGUACAUAUGUAUGUUUAAUGUAAUAUUAAAACAGAAGUGAAAGGAUAGAUUAGUACUUAGGAAGUAGGGUUAGUGAGUUAAUUAGAGUAGCUAUAAAUCUUUAUAUUCGUCGAAGUAGAUCUGGGGUCGAAUCGUUACAUCCGUGCACCAUCGGCAAACGUACGAAAGAAAAUUACGUGAUACGUCAAUCGUAUGUGGCGAUUGGCAUUAUGACAUACGAAAGCGAACGGAUCGUAAUGUGUUUUCAAUUCACAAUAGUUUUUAAAUUCCACAUUGCUAUGGAUCGUAUUUUUAGGUCGCAAUAGAUGUGGAACUGUCAAAACUGUCGCAAAAUAUUUAAUAAAUUUGUUAGUUUAAACAUCAAACGGUUGAAUAUCAAGAUGGAUCCGACUUUGUUUUUUUAUUUGAGCUCUAGUGAGAGUGAUAGUGGUGAAAAAAUAGUGCGGAGGCAACUAAGAGAUCGGAGCAAUCCUUUGGCACUGCCGAACACAGCAUUUUUAAAACGAUUUCGUCUAAGUAAAGAGGCUUUUGAAUAUGUCCUAAAUAAUAUAUGUUUAACGCAAUCUGACGUCAGAGCAGUGCCUCCAGUGCUACAAUUAGCAACCACGCUCUCACAUUUGGCUGGCGGUGGAUACCAGCACAGUGUAGGCAGUGACUAUUUAAUCGGGAUUUGUCAAAGCACUGUUUCGAAGCUGACAUCCCAUGUACUUAAAGAAAUGGAAACGAUGUUGUGCCCUCAGUUUAUACGGUUUACACCAGAGGAUUCCCUUACGUGUAAAGAGUGGUUUGUGCAGCAAUAUAAAAUUCCAGGAGUUAUAGGGUGCGUUGAUGGAACCCACAUCGGCUUACAAAAAACCACAGUGAACGAGCACAUGUACUUCAAUAGAAAAGGCUACCAUAGUAUCAACGCUAUGAUAAUAUGUGAUCACACUUACAAAAUUUUGGCUAUUAACUGUCAAUACGGUGGUGCAGCCCACGACUCAUUUGUUUGGAAACACUCGGACCAGCGAAGAGUUUUGGAAGAACGAUUUCAGCACAACAGGAAUGAAAAUUCAUGGCUUUUAGGGGAUUCUGGCUACCCAUUGGAACCAUGGUGCAUAACUCCUUACAGAAACGCUUCGGAGGGUGCAAGUGAAGCUAUGUUCAAUGAAAUACAUUCCAAGGCAAGAUGUAUCGUCGAACGAACUAUCGGAAUUUUAAAAGAACGCUGGAGAAGAGAGCAGAGGAAGGUACCAUCCGACAAAAGUGGCAAGAUUUGCUAACGUUUGUGCAGCAUUACACAACAUCUGCAUAAAAUUUAAAAUAAAUUAUGAUCCUCAGAAUUGCGAAUCUGAUCAAACAAGGGAUAUCGACACUGGGGUAGCGAACCGCCUCACCGCAAUCGGCCAAACAAUAAGGGAUCAAAUAAUGCACUCUUUAACAAAUUGAAGAUGAAAAUGUCUAUGUAUUUAUUCUUGUAAAUUUUUUUCCCUUCUAAACUGAAAUACAACAAUUUUGUUAAUAUAAACUCAUUAUUUUUAUUAGUCGUUUCAUCACGUUUGUUGGUUUUACUACAUUUCUUAAAUAUUAAAUAAAUAAAAUUCAAAAAAAAUAAAGCUCUAUUACAUUAAAAAAUUCAUUAAAUGCUUAAAACUAAAAAUUCAUUAAAUACUUAAAACGAAAAAUUCAUUAAAUGCUUAAAACUAAAAAUAUUUACAUCAAUG